AUGCUUAUUGUGAUGCCAAUUGUAAAAGAUGUGUUGAUCAUAUUCCGAGUUACUGCACUGAGUGUAAAACUGGAGGAACACUUAGUCUAUUUACCUGUACAUAUUGGCAAAACUGCGAUGAUUAUCAGUGUGUCGACCUACCAAAUGGAGGGUGGGGGUGUUCCGCUUGCAAGUCUGAUAAAUGCAGUGAAUGUACUGAUACUUCCACAACUUGCACUAGUUGUGCCGAAGGGUAUUAUUACAAUUCAGCUUUUGUUUGUCUUCCAUGUGAAAUCAAAUGUGCACCAAGACAUUGCAAACCAGACAAAAAAUGCGAUCAAUGUGUUGCACAUUAUUACCUUGAUAAAUCUCUGA